AUGGAGAUAGAUCUGCUCAAAGCGGCAAACACGAUUGAUGAUAGCGGUGACUGCACCGAUAUCGUUUUCUCCAGCGUUGUGUCGGGUCUUCAACGAUAUCUCACCCCUAACUCACAAGUGUAUGUGAUCACAGAUGCACUUCCAAACGAUAUCGACAAGAUGGAGACAGCAUUUCACGUCGACUCUUACCUGCGAGUGCCGUUGAAUUUCAUCUUCUUGGAACCAUCUCUCACAUCUGGUUGCACGACCUCCAUCGAGAGUUCGGCCUAUCGUGCAAUGGAUUCACUAGCGAAACGGACUGGAGGAAUGACAUUCUACUUUGGAGUCAAUAGCCCGCCUGUCUCUGCGCUACUCUACGAGCACAUGUACAACACUAUCUAUCGUGCGCAACUAAUACUAUCGAAUGAUCUGCCCAUUUGCUCAAAUCAGAACGUCUUCAACCAAGUCGCUAUUGAUGUUUCCGUGGAGCAGAUAGUGAUUAUCGCUACUGGAAGAAACCUCUCAUUGGUACUGACAACACCUGACGGAGACCUCUCAGAUUAUGACAAAGUGUACGAUGAUGGAACCAACUAUAUCUGGAAAAAAAAUGGCCCACAUAUCGGCAAUUGGCUUGUUUCCCUCUGGACUUCCGAUCAAACCCUCGGCUGCAACUUCAAAGUUCUGCAAAAGUCGUACCAUAGUAUAGUAUCACUCAGCGAACAGUACGAUCUGUUUUGGGCUGUUGCACCACAAAUCAACUCCGACCAGACACUUCUUCAGCCACAAUUCGGAAUGGGUCGAAGCAUCGUUAUGCAUCUUACCAAUUAUCGACCUGAUGGAAUGCCUGAACGAGUUCAGACCUAUCUCUCGAUCAGAGCCAUCCGAGAUAAUAAAGCUGUUACGGUAUAUAAUUCGAAUGGAAUCUGGCGUGAUGGCUGUUCCUAUCAGUUCUACUUCCCUUCAAUGACCUGUCAAACCCCUAACGAGAUUCUUUACUUCAAUGGGAAAGAGUAA